CUCCCACUCCGAAGCCAACUUACUCAGUAUCCCAGCGCACAGGCCUGCCCCCUGCUGCAUAACGCCCGUCCACCAGCCCGGAAUGAUGCAGGUUGCUCUGAAGCCCAAAGUCUCUCUUGCCAACAUCAAGAAAGAGGAGGGCCCCGCCACAGCCCAGUGGAAUCGCAUCAACAAUGACCGCCAAUACCUGCUCCCACCCCGUCCGCCGCCACGGCUGGGCUGGGACCUGUGGAUAAAGGUCUGCUCGUAUCUCGGGCACUCGCCCAAGACCAUCCAGCGACUGGCUCUGGUCUCCCGCUCGUUUGCCCAUCUCCUCGAGAUGCCGGCCUGUCGAGCGCAUAUUCUCCUGAAUCGAUACCAACGCCACCUAGUCUUUCACGAGACCUUUGAACGGCGCCCUAGUCUGCUCACCUUUGAGGUGUGCGAUGCCCUGAUGAUGGCCGGGGCCCUGCUCCCAAAGUACUUUGUCGAGAGGAUUUACAAGUAUUCCCGCCAUCAUCCUGAACAACUGCCCGAGGGCACCGUUGAGUACCUUGUGGCACAAGGGUACAAGCUCUACGGCGAGCGAUUCCAGACCAUCCUUCCGUUUUCCUCCAUGGAUCAUGAUCUGGAUCAUCUCGACCCGGACGACGACAUUGACCCUGAGGCGACUCCUGUCCGUCUCCAUGCAAAAUACGGCGGUGGCUCUCGGCUGUCGAUCAUCCAAAUUGCACAGGAAGGUCCAUCGGACGACGCAAACAUUUUCGACAUGUCCUUCAUUAAUCUUGGGCCCGCCAGCGUCGAGAGCCUCCGGAAAAUUGCGUAUUCCCAUCACUUCACCCCGGCGCUGUUGGGCAUACAGCCUACAGAGAAGAUGGAGGAUUUGUGGUCGCGUCUGGUACGGCUCACGAAAUACGAUCCCAAGCUUGCCAUCUUCUUUGCCUCACACGCCGGCGUUUCCUGGGACGAGGCCCACGACCACAUCAUGUGCCUCUUGCUCCAGAGCUUCAAGACGAAGCGGCAAGAUAUCGAUCGCCUGCUUGAAUCCGGCUUCCGUCUCGAUGCCAGCGUCUCUGCUGCAAUCCUGUCAUCAACGAAGCAUCCGAUCCGUCAGGGCAGCGGGAAACAUGCCCAUGAGUUGCUAUGCCUUUUUUUCUCGCCACCCGAGCUCAAGGAACACUCUGUUCGCGCACUACAGCGAUUGUUUGAGGAUGGCACUCAGCCGGCUCUACGCGCUGCCGAUCAUUUGAUUGAGUAUUUUCGACUCUCUCAGGAGGACGUCCUCAGCGCCCUGCUUGUCUCGCCGUACAAGCUGCGGUGCGUCCGCUGCCGCCUGGGUCGGUACUAUGACUCUCCGCAAGCCUUCCAACCUCCGGUCUUCACCACAUAUGCAGCAAAGUCCGGCGGCAUGAUCGAUGGACUAUGGCAACUGAUUCUGGGUCGUUAUGGGGUCAAUCACAUCUUGAUCAAUGCCUGUCUCAAUGACUUGAUCAUUGGUGGGCGCGCUCCCUAUCUGCCCGAGAAGGAGUACGAUCCAGAUGACGAAGACAUGCUCGAUGUCACCUCCCCUGUUCACCAAGCCUUUAUUUGGGCAGACGUCCCUGAUCCCUCGAGCCCAACCGUUGCCGAUGAUAAGCACGAGGACCCGGAGGCUGAUCGCGAUGCCGGUGCCAGGGAAUCCCUCGAGGUGCUCCUACAAGCAGGCAUGAUUCUCGAUCCGUCGAUAUUUGCGCCCAUAUCCACUGUCGUGUUCGGCACAAAGAAGGUUCUCCCCCGACAUCUGGAUGUUCUCGCCCGAGCCGAAAAGGGCCUGCUCGCCGUGACGGUCUAUUCACAUGGAAAGGGAUACCUCCCGCCUCACGUUCAUCUCGACACCGAGAAAGUUAAAUGGUCCAAAACCCGGUGGAUCGGAGCGUUCAACAAGUUUGUACUGGCAGAUCGAAGCUGGCGUAGUCGUGUCUUUCCUGUCGAGCAGCUCCUACAGCCUGUCAAGUCAAUGCAGGCACAAUCCCUGAGCGGUGGCUUCCUCCUGGCAUCACAAAGCGUGCCCGAUCCCAUGGCAAGCGCCCAGCAAGCAGUCGUCGAUGGGCUUGUCCAGGUAUCCACGACGGCGGUGGAGGUAGUCGAAGGGGUUGGUGGCGUGGCUGCCAACAUCUUCAAACAGACAGGGCUUGGGGCGCCUGAAGUCUGGAUCGAUUCGAUAUCGGAGCGGGUCGGCCUGGGCGAUCUUAAUGAGCGCGGAUGGCUGGAGGUCCGGCGGUUCUUUGGAUGUGUCCAGGAACUAACAGAUCUGCUCGAGCCCCAUGCCUCCAAGCCAGAAUACUCCAAGGGCGAUCGCCCGUCGCCAUAUCCAGAGACACAAAUCAAGGCCCAAGUUCAGGCUCUGGACUAUGGCGGUCCAUUCACAAGGUGGCUCGAGGAAAUGGAUCAAAGGGGCGUCUCGAAAUCGAUCAGCGACGACUCUGCCUCUCCGACACAGCUGACGUGGGGCGGCUGGAUCAAAAGUAUUAGCAAGAAGGCAUCGCUAGCAAUCCUCAAAAGUCGAUGAAGACUAAUGUCUACGCUGGUUUUGGUGCCUGUCAUCAACUUUUAAUAUCGGCCAAGCAAUGAUUUCGUUCAAGUGACUUUCAAAUGCCUGACCACCCAAACAUCACUGCUGUAGCCCCCCCCCGUCGAUGCAGAAGCGCCUGUUCUUGUGGCCAAGAUGUACAUGCUGCGAGACAAGCUUACCAACGAAGGCUAGUGACAACAACGGCGGGAUGGCUCGGCGAAACCCCAGUCGAUGAACCACUCAAAUGGGCGGAAUGUACAGCUUCCAAAAUGAAACGGAACACCCUGCCGUGAGUCAGGGUUGUCGUUGUUUUCUGGUCCUGAAUACACACCAUUCAUCACCCACCA